AUGGAGAAGAAUGGGUUGAAUGUGGAGCACUUCUUUGUCCUGAACCAUGGAGAAUCCAGAGUGUUGGGGGGAGAAAGAGAAGGGGGUGUUUGAAUGAUCAAUGAUCAGAUGGGCUACAUUACCAGAAGCUGCCAUAGGAAAGAGUUUGGACUUCUGACAAAUAAGAAAUCUAAGCUUUGGAUUAUAACAUUUGCCUGGUAAAAGGGCACUGAUGUACAUAUUUGCAACUUUUUAUAAAUCUAUGUUUUUAAUGCCAAGUGAUAUUGAUUGCACUAUUAAAUUGAAAUUCACCUUACCAACAUGGCUGUUUCUUUAAAUGCGUGACCAUGCAAUGUUCGGAAGUAGCUAACCAACUGUACACCAAAGUGACCGUGACCAACUUUGAAGAGUUCCUUUUGUAAACCGAAUACUAGCUUGAUGUUUCUAUAAUUUUAGUCUAAGCAAUUAUGGCUAGGCCAACUAGAAAAAGUCUACUAACUAACGCAUUCAGGCUUUGGCUGCUUCCACAUGUUUGGAAAACUCUACUUUCGAGGUCUAUUCACCGAGCCGCAUGUGUUCUGAAAACAGCGAAGGGAAUUUUGUCAAGGUGAUUAUUUGUCAGCCUACAAAACAACUUUUAAAUAGGGGUUCAAUGUAUCAUAUUUUAAGUGCACAUCUCAUUCAACAGAAGACAAAGUACUCGGUACCACUGUUCCGGUUGCUUUACUUGCUAAAAUGUAUGCACUCCUAGCUCACUUACGGAAACACGCCCAAUAGGCGAAACAGAGUCAUGUUCUCGAACGUUGCAGAUAGAAAUGUCAGGAAUAGAGCCGAUGUGAUUCUUAUUCUACAUAAGGAAUCAAUGUUUGUUCUACAUAGCCUAUCUCUAUCUGAACGUUCCAAAACGUUGCGACGUCAUACAUUCACGUUGUACUGUAACUUGUGCCUUGUCAACAUUUAUGUUUGGAGCUUUCAGCUGCUAGUUAGUCUUGGCUCACUAUGGUAAAGAUCGAGUGUGUAAGAGCAUUAUUAUAUGGAUUAAUACGUGCACCAUCGACCAACGGCCUUGUUUAGAUAUUCCGCAAAAUAACUCAUGUUUUAAGCUAUUUUCAGACGUAUUUCAUAAUCAUAUUUUAAUUGCAAGUGCAAAUCAAAUGGGGAGUUUCGUCACGUAGGUCCUUGCGUCGAAAAGAGGAGGAUUUCAAUAGGCUAGGCUGCUUUAAUUUCGUCACAUGGUAGGGUUUUUCACCGACGUCAGAAGCCUUGGCUGGGAGGCUGGUAACCGUGCGCGGUGGGACGUUGGCCGUGCUUGCAGUGCACUCUUCAACACUGUUCUGCGGAUAUCUCGCUGUAACAAUAUCCGAAGAAAUGUCGCGCCACUGACGGAAUUACAGGUCGGCCUUGUCUUAUUCUAUACGUUUUCAGGUAGUAUUUUAUUGACCGAGUUGUAGUGACUGUGACGGAUGCUGACCGUUCAAGCUGCGAAUGAUCGACUGUCUCCGUUCUGCUUAUUUCACCACAUUCCUUCUUCUCUUUUUAGUUAGGGUUCUAUUGACUAUCUAAUGUUCUUAUUAUCCCGAUAAAUCAUCUCGAUAUAGCAGCAAUUCUUUCUAGUGAUCCGUUUUGUUUUGUUCUUGGUCGGAUCAACAAAGAAACAUUGUUGUAUUUCUCUGGUGGUUUAUUGUGGGUCCAGUCAAGUCAUUCAAUAGGCCAAUACGUGCAACAGAGCUCCACAGUAGGCAACGUGAAAUGUAUAGAGCGCGAACGUUGUAAGGGUACUCAGUCAAUAGGACUAGUGGACAACUACACAGUACUUCCACUAUAGGGCCUAGGUGACAGCUAUUCAGUAGCCUCUUUAGUCUGUACUUACACCUUAAAACACAAGCUGCUGUGAAUAGGGUUGAGAGAUGGAUGGGGUUGACAGAGGGAUGGGGUUGACAGAGGGAUGGAGUUGACAGAGGGAUGGGGUUGACAGAGGGAUGGGGUUGACAGAGGGAUGGAGUUGAGAGAGGGAUGGAGUUGAGAGAGGGAUGGGGUUGACAGAGGGAUGGGGUUGACAGAGGGAUUGGGGUUGACAGAGGGAUUGGGGUUGCCAGGGGAUGGGUGGGGGAGGGAUGGGUUGACAGAGGGAUGGGGUUGACAGAGGGAUGGGUUGACAGAGGAUUGGAGUUUAGAGAGGGAUGGGGUUGACAGAGGGAUGGGGUUGACAGAGGGAUGGAGUUGACAGAGGAUGGGCGUUGACAGGGAUGAGUUGGAUGAUGAGUUGACGGCAUGGACGGUGUGACAGAUGGGUGAGUUGAAGAGGGAUGGAGUGAGCAGGGGAGGGUUACGAGGGAUGCGCGUCAGAGAGAUUGUAGUACAAGAGGGAUUGGCGGACGGAGGCGAUGAUAGGAGGAGUGUUGACAAAACUUGGAAAGCCUGGUUUAGAGGGAUUGAGGUUGACCACACGGAUGGGCUGCACAGAGGGAUGGGCCUAGAGACGGCAUUGGGUCAGAGGGAUGGAUGACAGAGGUGGUCAAGAAUGGGGUUAAAGGGAUGCUGCUCAUGUUGACUCAGGGAUGCUGUGAAAGGAUUGUGGUUGACGAGUGGAUGGGUGACAGGGAUUUUGAUUACAAGGGAUGGGUGAAGAUGUUGAGGUUGAAAGGAUGGGGACAUGACAGGCGUUGCAGUUCAUAUGGAUCACAUACCGGGACCAUGGCGAGUCUUAAUACCGGUACUGAUCAAACAGCUAAGAGAUUUGUUUAGCGCAUGAUAGCCUUCGGAAGGCACAAUACACUCAGUAUCAAAAAUUACGAACACUUCUAAAAUCAUUCGUUUAACCCCUCCCCAAAGCCUUCAUACAGCUCGAUUGAGUGGGGCAUGGACUUAAGGUGUCAAACAUUCUACAGGAAUGCUGGCUCAUGUUGACUCCAAUGCUUCUCAAAGUUGUUCUUUGGGUGGUGGGCCAUUCUUGAUACACACAGGAAACUGUUGAGCGUGAAAAACCCAGCAGCGUUGCAGUUCAGGACACAAACCGGUGCACCUGGCACCUACUACCAUACCCCAUUCAAAGGCACUUAACUAUUUUGUCUUGCGCAUUCAUCCUCUGAAUGGCACACAUACACAAUCCAUGAGCUGAAGCCUUUCCACCUGUCCGGAGAUAAGAUACAGCUGAAACAAUAGACCCAGACAAUUGUAUAUUAAAGGUGAGGUCCACUGUGAGCUAGUCUGGCAGACAGUGUGUCUUUAUUCAAAGUAGGAACCAGUAAAAAGUGGUUGCCCACGUUAUACAAUAGCUGACAGUGGAAGUCAUGUUGCUGCCAUCUCACAUACAGCAGGCUUGGUAAUGGCUGUUGAGUGGGGUUGUUUUGGAACUGUUGCACAGGGUUACACCAUGUCACAAUAAGCAUGCUUUCAUGUCUAAACUGUUUCCUAAGUGCGAUUGCACAAGAAACUGUCGGCCAUACUCCAUGGUGGUGCGGGCCCAGGGUCAAAACAACAGAAAUAGACUCUAACUGCACUGUGUGCAGGCUUUUCUUUCUUCAUUACUAGCUGUGUAAUCCCUCCCAGGCAUGUGUACGCUUUUAUUUGUAUUUCUUGUUUAUUAACCUCCCUGUAGACCAGGAGCCCAGCACUGUCACCCCAUGGAGGAGAGAGGAGGAGCAGGAGGAGAAGUGGAUGAGAACCAGGUGUUGAUGGAGGAGAGGGGUGUCUCUCCUGGUGAUUCCCCAGGGACGGAGGGGGAUUCCCCGGCCGUGGUCCGGCCCCGCGACCCCCCCACCUCCACCCUGCAGGACUCAGGGCCUCGGUAGGGAUAGACAGUGAACACCUUUGCAGUUUUCACAUGCACUUUCUUGCCAUCCAGCUGCUGAAGUUGCAGCAUGAUAUUUCAGUGUUUUAUUUGUCUUUAUCGUUUGUGCUUUUUCUACCUGUAUGGACUCUUUAUAUAUAUAUAUAUAUAUAUAUAUAUAUAUAUGCUUGCACACCAAAUUUCCCCUCUGGACACAAUAGGCAGUAAAAACAUUUGAUUGAUUGACUCCUCCAGGAAGAGCAGCUCCUCCCGGUCCUCGAGGAAGAGCUUCCGUCUGGACUACCGGUUGGAGGAGGAGGUGACGGGGUCGAGCCGGGACAAACAUGGCCGCUUUACUAACCCCUGGCCCACAUGGAAGUUCCCGUCCUACUCUACCCUGCUACGCUUCUUCCUGCUGGAGAAGAACCACAGUAAUGUACCCAGCUCCAUAGAGGUGAGACACAUUCUGACGUUUGCCGUAUAUAAUAGGUCUUUCAUAAGACUCCUGAACAGCUAAUCAUGGCGACCCGGACUAUUUGCAUUGUCCCCCCCACCCCACCCCACCCCACCCCCUCUUUUACGCUGCUGCUACUCUCUGUUUAUUAUCUAUGCAUAGUCACUUUAACUCUACCUACAUGUACAUAUUACAUCAAUUACCUCGACUAACCGGUGCCCCUGCACAUUGACUCUGUACCGGUACCCCCUGUAUAUAGCCUCUCUACUGUUAUUUUACUGCUGCUCUUUAAUUACACCUGUUGUAUUUGGCGCAUGUGACAAAUACAAUUUGAUUUGAUUUCUCACUCAUUUGAGCCACCAUUUCUAGCACCCACAGCCAUUGUGUCUAAUGAGACACAGCGGCUCAUACGUUUUGCAAAACAAACCUAGCUAUGACGGAGACCACAAAACCACAAAACCACACCUGAUAGGACUCAUUGCCAGUCAAACUGUCGACUCUUUAUUAUAAGGAACUUAUCACACAAAUGCCUAGACCUGUACUCCAACUCCACAGGUUGAAUAAUGAUUCUUUUUUACUGUAUACAGUCCACACCCAACAAUUACCUCCUGCCCUGACUGAACCUGUUCCGUCUGCGCUGACUCCUGAGGUCUAUCAUUAAAUAUCUCUUGACUGAGCACGGCAGAGUUUGUCAACUGUGAUUUUGAAUGCUGUGCCUCAUGUCCACAGUUAGGUUAGCUGUUAGCUCCGGAAGAUGCCUCCCAUUCCAUAAACACUGCACUGUGCUCUGGUAACAACCCAGGGUAUUUUUAGAUGGCUGUAAAUCAAUCUAACCUCACGACUCAGACAGGGGCUCUGCUCUAUAGACAUGUAGUGGUCAGGAAGGAAGGGCCUAAUAUUUAAAGGAACUAUAUUUCCAAUCAUCUUUCUGAUAAAGAGGAAGGACGUAUUAAAGGUGUUUAGUCAUCUGUGUUUUGAAUUGUUAUGCUGAAAUAACUUAAUCAAAUUAACCUCAAACAAAUCAUACAACCAGGGUCAUAUUCAUUGAGACACGUCGGGAGAAAAAGGGUUUUAAUACGAAAAACAAAAUUGAGCGUUUUUUUUUUUUAUUGGUUAAUUUGUUUUGGUGACUUGAAAAUGACCGAAGCAAUAGUGAAAUGUUGAAAUCUUUUUUGUUCCAUGUCUUAGACAAAGAGCUUCCAGUGCUGGAGCCUUUCUUACCCACCUCUAUCUCUAAGCUCAUGAAUGAAUCUGAAACAAGUCAUAUUCAAGUCUGUGUCUUCUGCUACUCAGGUCUUAGACAAAGAGCUUCCAGUUGUGGAACCUUGGUUCCUCCGUGUCCCGGAGGCAGCAGAAGGAGCCGUGGGGUCUGGUCUCAGGGUGACCUGGCUAGGCCACGCAUCAGUCUUGGUAGAGAUGGAUGGCCUGGUCAUCCUCACUGACCCCAUCUUCAGCCAGAGGGCAUCUCCCUUACAGUUCAUGGGCCCCAAGAGGUACCGGGGUCCCCCUUGUACGGUUGAUCAACUCCCCCGGAUCGACGCGGUCGUCAUCAGCCACUCCCACUACGACCAUCUCGAUGCGGGCACCGUGACCCAGUUGAACGAGCGGUUCGGCGGGGAUCUCCGAUGGUUUGUGCCGUUGGGACUCAUGGACUGGAUGCAGAAAAGCGGGUGUGAGAAUGUGAUAGAGUUAGACUGGUGGGAGGAGAACUGUGUGCCGGGUCACGACGAAGUCACGUUUGUGUGUACGCCGGCGCAGCACUGGUGCAAGCGCACCCCCACGGACGAUAACCGGGUGCUGUGGGGGAGCUGGUCUGUCCUGGGGCCCUGUAACCGCUUCUUCUUUGCUGGAGACACCGGCUACUGCUCCUCCUUCCAGGAGAUAGGGAGGCGCUUUGGGCCCUUCGAUCUGGCUGCCAUACCCAUCGGAGCGUACCUGCCCAGGUAUGAAACUAGUGUACACCUGUCCUGCGCAGCUGUGAUUGGUUUAGUACAACGGUGUCCAAACCUCCCCGUGGAGAGCCACUGGGAGUGCAGGUUUUUGUUCCAACCCUGCUUUUAUCUAAUCAGCUGUUCAUCAGGACCCUUGAUGAACUGAAUCAGGUUUAGAAAAGCGAAAGCCUGCAUAUCCAGUAGCUCUCUAGGGGAAGGGUUGGACCGUGGACCGUAGUAUUAGAUACCCCUCAACUUGAUUAACUUUAGUGAACUUCAGUUUACUUUUAAUAAAUACAAAGUUUGUUAAACCUUCAUUAGGUAAACCCACAAAAAGCCAAUUUUCCUCCAUGUUUCUCCUCCCUCAGAGAUGUAAUGCGUGGACAGCAUGUGGACCCAGAGGAGGCUGUGGAGAUCCACAAAGACAUCCAGGCCAGACACUCCCUGGCUAUUCACUGGGGAACCUUCGCUUUAGCUUACGAGGUGAGCAUUAACAGUUAUGAAUGGGUGAUCGAAUGGAUCUGUUUUUAUAUGGCAUACAAUGGCUUGCGCAAGUAUUCACCCCCCCUUGGCAUUUUUCCUAUUUUGUUGCCUUACAACCUGGAAUUAAAAUUGUUUUUUUUAGGGGUUUGUAUCAUUUGAUUUACACAACAUGCCUACCACUUUGAAGAUGCAAAAUAUGUUUUAUUGUGAAACAAACAAGAAAUAAGACAAAAAAACGGAACUUGAGCGUGCAUAACUAUUCACCCCCCCCCAAAGUCAAUACUUUGUAGAGCCACCUUUUGCAGCAAUUGCAGCUGCAAGUCUCUUGGGGUAUGUCUCUAUAAGCUUGGCACAUCUAGCCACUGGGAUUUUUGGGCUUUCUUCAAGGCAAAACUGCUCCAGCUCCUUCAAGUUGGAUGGGUUCCGCUGGUGUACAGCAAUCUUUAAGUCAUACCACAGAUUUUCAAUUGGAUUGAGGUCUGGGCUUUGACUAGGCCAUUCCAAGACAUUUAAAUGUUUCUCCUUAAACCACUUGAGUGUUGCUUUAGCAGUAUGCUUAGGGUCAUUGUCCUGCUGGAAGGUGAACCUCCGUCCCAGUCUCAAAUCUCUGGAAGACUGAAACAGGUUUCCCUCAAGAAUUUCCCUGUAUUUAGCGCCAUCCAUCAUUCCUUCAAUUCUGACCAGUUUCCCAGUCCCUGCCGAUGGAAAAACAUCCCCACAGCAUGAUGCUGCCACCACCAUGCUUCACUGUGGGGAUGGUGUUCUCGGGGUGAUGAGAGAUGUUGGGUUUGCGCCAGACAUAGCGUUUUCCUUGACGGCCAAAAAGCUCUAUUUUAGUCUCAUCUGACCAGAGUACCUUCUUCCAUAUGUUUGGGGAGUCUCCCACAUGCCUUUUGGCGAACACCAAACGUGUUUGCUUAUUUAUUUUUUUAAGCAAUGGCUUUUUUCUGGCCACUCUUCCGUAAAGCCCAGCUCUGUGGUAGAGCAUGGCACUUGCAACGCCAUGGUUGUGGGUUCGAUUCCCACGGGAGGCAAGUAUGAAAAAUGUAUGCACUCACUAACUGUAAGUCGCUCUGGAUAAGAGCGUCUACUAAAUUACUAAAAAAUAAAAAUAUACGGUUUAAGGUGGUCCUAUGGACAGAUACUCCAAUCUCCGCUGUGGUGCUUUGCAGCUCCUUCAGGGUUAUCUUUGGUCUCUUUGUUGCCUCUCUGAUUAAUGCCCUCCUUGCCUUGUCCGUGAGUUUUGGUGGGUGGCCCUCUCUUGGCAGGUUUGUUGUGGUGCCAUAUUCUUUCCAUUUUUUAAUAAUGGAUUUAAUGGUGCUCCGUGGGAUGUUCAAAGUUUCCGAUAUUUUUUUAUAACCCAACCAUGAUCUGUACUUCUCCACAACUUUGUCCCUGACCUGUUUGGAGAGCUCCUUGGUCUUCAUGGUGCUGCUUGCUUGGUGGUGCCCCUUGCUUAGUGGUGUUGCAGACUCUGGGGCCUUUCAGAACAGGUGUAUGUUCCUGGGGCAAGUAACAGGUGUGGGCAAUCUAAAAAUCACACCUGAAAGCAGAUAAAAAGGAGAGAAGUUGACUCAGUCUUUGCAUUGUGUUUCUGUGUGUGCCACACUAAGCAUGGAGAACAGAAAGAGGAAAAGAGAACUGUCUGAGGACUUGAGAACCAAAAUUGUGGAAAAAUAUCAACAAUCUCAAGGUUACAAGUCCAUCUCCAGAGAUCUAGAUGUUCCUUUGUCCACAGUGCGCAACAUGAUCAAGAAGUUUGCAACCCAUGGCACUGUAGCUAAUCUCCCUGGACGUGGACGGAAGAGAAAAAUUGAUGAAAGGUUGCAACGCAGGAUAGUCCGGAUGGUGGAUAAGCAGCCCCAAACAAGUUCCAAAGAAAUUCAAGCUGUCCUGCAGGCUCAGGGUGCAUCAGUGUCAGCGCGAACUAUACGUCGAAAUUUGAAUGAAAUGAAACGCUAUGGCAGGAGACCCAGGAGGACCCCACUGCUGACACAGAGACAUAAAAAAGCAAGACUACAGUUUGCCAAAAUGUACAUGAGUAAGCCAAAUUCCUUCUGGGAGAACGUCUUAUGGACAGAUGAGACCAAGAUAGAGCUUUUUGGUAAAGCACAUCGUUCUACUGUUUACCGAAAAUGUAAUGAAGCCUUCAAAGAAAAGAACACAGUACCUACAGUCAAAUAUGGUGGAGGUUCAAAGAUGUUUUGGGGUUGUUUUGCUGCCUCUGGCACUGGGUGCCUUGACUGUGUGCAAGGCAUCAUGAAAUCUGAGGAUUACCAAAGGAUUUUGGGUCGCAAUGUAGGGCCCAGUGUCAGAAAGCUGGGUUUGCGUCCGAGAUCAUGGGUCUUCCAGCAGGACAAUGACCCCAAACAUACUUCAAAAAGCACCCAGAAAUGGAUGGCAACAAAGCGCUGGAGAGUUCUGAAGUGGCCAGCAAUGAGUCCAGAUCUUAAUCCCAUUGAACACCUGUGGAGAGAUCUUAAAAUUGCUGUUGGGAAAAGGCACCCAUCCAAUAUGAGAGACCUGGAGCAGUUUGCAAAAGAAGAGUGGUCCAAAAUUCCGGGUGAGAGGUGUAAGAAGCUUAUUGAUGGUUAUAGGAAGCGACUGAUUUCAGUUAUUUUUUCCAAAGGGUGUGCAACUAAAUAUUAAGUUAAGGGUGCCAAUCAUUUUGUCCGGCCCAUUUUUUUGAGUUUUGUGUGAAAUUAUGUCAAAUUUGCUUUUUUCCUGUUUUUUUUGUGUUAUUCCAAUACACACAAAGGAAAUAAACAUGUGCAUAGCAAAACAUGUGUAAUUUCAAUACUUUUCUGUGAGAAAUACUUCAUUUUCUGGAAAAAUUUCAGGGGUGCCAACAAUUUUGGCCAUGACUGUAUAUAUAUAUAUAUAUAUAUACUGAGAUCAUGUGACACUUAUAUUGCACACAGGUGGACUUUAACUAAUUAUGUGACUUCUGAAGGUAAUUGGUUGCACCAGAUCUUAUUUAGGGGCUUCAUAGCAAAGGGGGUGAAUACAUAUGCACGCACCACUUUUCCGUUAGUUAUUUUUAUUUAUUUAUUUUUGAAACAAGUAAUUUUUUGCAUUUCACUUCACCAAUUUGGAAAACGUUGUGUAUGUCCAUUACAUGAAAUCCAAAUUAAAAUCAAAUUAAAUUACAGGUUGUAAUGCAACAAAAUUGGAAAAACGGCAAGGGGGAUGAAUACUUUUGCAAGGCACUGUACUGUAGGUACCUGCUGUAAAACAUAUUUUUGGUGUCAAUUAUCAGUUGUUAGCAUCAAUCCAAAACCUAAGGCAUGUCACCUCACAUCAGAGAUGCAUGGCCUAUCCAGUGGGAUUCUCUGAAUCUAAUGAUCAGGAAGAAUACAUUUGCUCUGCCUCCCAGCUGAAAUUGGAGACCGAAGGUCAGGAAAACUAGCCUUCCAUGGUAAUAAAUCAACCCUAUCACAACACGUCAACAGCGGAUCUGACCUCUGCAUUCUAGACUGGACUCAGUUUAGAGAAACACAUAUUUGCCAUUGUGUCCUUUUGUGUGAUGAGAACAAACACACUGUCAGACACCCCUUUUAACCGUUCAGCCUAAAGACAAAGGUGGGAUUGUUCAGCGUCCCACAAUAAAUGUGAAAACUCCAUUAUGUUGCUUGCUGCUGCAUUCAGUUGACGUCGGCACGUUUUUGGAAAUGCAGAGGAAGAUGUUUUGUUGGUCGUAAAAGAGGAACCAUCGAUUAACUGUGAUAUCAUUAAACUUUCCCCUGAUGCUUUGGUCAUGCCUCAGCAGAUGGCUUUGCUGGUAAAACCGUUUAAGACGGACCGUUCUCUUAAAUCAGUGCAGAAAGCAACACACAGGGACAUACGAGUUUACUUGUUUAUGGAGAAUUAUUUGACUUUAUUUAGUUCAGACACCUCUAUUCUGGGAUGUUGAAACAAGUAGUUUGUUUGCCGACAGCAGUUGUCCUGUUGGCAGGCUUUGAAAGAUAACCUUUUGUCUGUCUGACGUUUCUGCUGAGGGAGGCAGCAAGCAGCUCAAAAAGCCUCUGUAGUUUCACCUGCUGUCCUCUCCUAAACCCUGGAGUCUAUGUACUGUCCUCUCCUAAACCCUGGAGUCUAUGUACUGUCCACUCCUAAACCCUGGAGUCUAUGUACUGACCAUCCUAAACCCUGGAGUCUAUGUUCUGUCCUCUCCUAAACCCUGGAGUCUAUGUUCUGUCCUCUCCUAAACCCUGGAGUCUAUGUACUGUCCUCUCCUAAACCCUGGAGUCUAUGUACUGGCCUCUCCUAAACCCUGGAGUCUAUGUACUGGCCUCUCCUAAACCCUGGAGUCUAUGUACUGGCCUCUCUUAAACCCUGGAGUCUAUGUACUGGCCUCUCCUAAACCCUGGAGUCUAUGUACUGGCCUCUCCUAAACACUGGAGUCUAUGUACUGUCCUCUCCUAAACCCUGGAGUCUAUGUACUGUCCUCUCCUAAACCCUGGAGUCUAUGUUCUGUCCUCUCCUAAACCCUGGAGUCUAUGUACUGUCCUCUCCUAAACCCUGGAGUCUAUGUACUGGCCUCUCCUAAACCCUGGAGUCUAUGUACUGUCCAUCCUAAACCCUGGAAUCUAUGUUCUGUCCUCUCCUAAACCCUGGAGUCUAUGUUCUGUCCUCUCCUAAUCCCUGGAGUCUAUGUACUGUCCUCUCCUAAAACCUGGAGUCUAUGUACUGGCCUCUCCUAAACCCUGGAGUGUAUGUACUGGCCUCUCCUAAACCCUGGAGUCUAUGUACUGGCCUCUCCUAAACCCUGGGGGUCUAUGUUCUGUCCUCUCCUAAACCCUGGAGUCUAUGUACUGGCCUCUCCUAAACCCUGGAGUCUAUGUACUGUCCAUCCUAAACCCUGGAGUCUAUGUACUGGCCUCUCCUAAACCCUGGAGUCUAUGUACUGGCCUCUCCUAAACCCUGGAGUCUAUGUACUGUCCUCUCCUAAACCCUGGAGUCUAUGUACUGUCCUCUCCUAAACCCUGGAGUCUAUGUACUGUCCUCUCCUAAACCCUGGAGUCUAUGUACUGUCCAUCCUAAACCCUGGAGUCUAUGUACUGUCCUCUCCUAAACCCUGGAGUCUAUGUACUGUCCUCUCCUAAACCCUGGAGUCUAUGUACUGACCAUCCUAAACCCUGGAGUCUAUGUACUGACCUCUCCUAAACCCUGGAGUCUAUGUUCUGUCCUCUCCUAAACCCUGGAGUCUAUGUUCUGUCCUCUCCUAAACCCUGGAGUCUAUGUACUGUCCUCUCCUAAACCCUGGAGUCUAUGUACUGGCCUCUCCUAAACCCUGGAGUCUAUGUACUGUCCUCUCCUAAACCCUGGAGUCUAUGUACUGUCCAUCCUAAACCCUGGAGUCUAUGUACUGUCCUCUCCUAAACCCUGGAGUCUAUGUACUGUCCAUCCUAAACCCUGGAGUCUAUGUUCUGUCCUCUCCUAAACCCUGGAGUCUAUGUUCUGGCCUCUCCUAAACCCUGGAGUCUAUGUACUGGCCUCUCCUAAACCCUGGAGUCUAUGUACUGGCCUCUCCUAAUCCCUGGAGUCUAUGUUCUGUCCAUCCUAAACCCUGGAGUCUAUGUACUGGCCUCUCCUAAACACUGGAGUCUAUGUACUGUCCUCUCCUAAACCCUGGAGUCUAUGUACUGUCCUCUCCUAAACCCUGGAGUCUAUGUUCUGUCCUCUCCUAAACCCUGGAGUCUAUGUACUGUCCUCUCCUAAACCCUGGAGUAUAUGUACUGGCCUCUCCUAAACCCUGGAGUCUAUGUACUGUCCAUCCUAAACCCUGGAAUCUAUGUUCUGUCCUCUCCUAAACCCUGGAGUCUAUGUUCUGUCCUCUCCUAAUCCCUGGAGUCUAUGUACUGUCCUCUCCUAAAACCUGGAGUCUAUGUACUGGCCUCUCCUAAACCCUGGAGUGUAUGUACUGGCCUCUCCUAAACCCUGGAGUCUAUGUACUGGCCUCUCCUAAACCCUGGGGGUCUAUGUACUGGCCUCUCCUAAACCCUGGGGGUCUAUGUUCUGUCCUCUCCUAAACCCUGGAGUCUAUGUACUGGCCUCUCCUAAACCCUGGAGUCUAUGUACUGUCCAUCCUAAACCCUGGAGUCUAUGUACUGGCCUCUCCUAAACCCUGGAGUCUAUGUACUGGCCUCUCCUAAACCCUGGAGUCUAUGUACUGGCCUCUCCUAAACCCUGGAGUCUAUGUACUGUCCUCUCCUAAACCCUGGAGUCUAUGUACUGUCCUCUCCUAAACCCUGGAGUCUAUGUACUGUCCAUCCUAAACCCUGGAGUCUAUGUACUGUCCUCUCCUAAACCCUGGAGUCUAUGUACUGUCCUCUCCUAAACCCUGGAGUCUAUGUACUGACCAUCCUAAACCCUGGAGUCUAUGUACUGACCUCUCCUAAACCCUGGAGUCUAUGUUCUGUCCUCUCCUAAACCCUGGAGUCUAUGUUCUGUCCUCUCCUAAACCCUGGAGUCUAUGUACUGACCAUCCUAAACCCUGGAGUCUAUGUACUGGCCUCUCCUAAACCCUGGAGUAUAUGUACUGGCCUCUCCUAAACCCUGGGGGUCUAUGUUCUGUCCAUCCUAAACCCUGGAGUCUAUGUACUGUCCUCUCCUAAACCCUGGAGUCUAUGUACUGUCCAUCCUAAACCCUGGAGUCUAUGUACUGUCCAUCCUAAACCUAUCAUUCUCUCUCUCUCUCUCCGUCUCUCUCUCUCUCUCCGUCUCUCUCUCUCUCUCUCUCCGUCUCUCUCUCUCCUCCUCUUCACCUCUCUCUCUCCUCCUCCCUCUCUCUCAUCCUCUCUCUCUCCUUCUCUCUCUCUCUCUUCUCCUCUCUCUCUCUCUCACCGUCCUGCUCUCUCUCUCUCUCACCGUCCUCCUUCUCUCUCUCUCUUCUCCUCUCUUCUCUCACUACCCUCCUCUCUCACCGUCUGUCUCUCAAUUCUCUCUCUCACGUCUCUCUUUCUCUCUCUCUCUCACCGUCAUCUCUCUCUCUCAAUUCAAUUCUCGCUCUCUCACCCUCUCUCUCUCACACACACACUUUCUCAGUCUCUCUCUCUCUCUCUCUGUUUGACUAUCAUUCUCUCUCUCUCUCACCAUCUCCCUCUCACACUUUCUCUCUCUGUCUCUCUCUGACUCUCCUUCAUUGGAAGGAGAGAGAGCGAGAAACGCGAGGAAGCGACUGGCUUAUAUCAUUCAUGCCUCUUUCCUUUCACUUUAUUUAAUACUGGCUAACAUCCAUCUCUGUCUCUCUCUCUGUCUGUGUCAGUAUUACUUAGAGCCUCCAGUGAGACUCAGGGAGGCUAUGGAGAAGAAUGGGUUGAAUGUGGACCACUUCUUUGUCCUGAACCAUGGGGAAUCCAGAGUGCUGAACGCAGACCAGGAAGUCUUUGAAUGAUUGGACCAAAAUGGGGCCUAAGCCCCUCCCACAAGCUGUAGAAGACUAAACGGCACCGUGGCUUAAAUCAUACAGCUGAAUCAAUGAAUAAGCUCUCAUCGUCAACAGUCUAGUUGAUGGCGGACUAGAGAGUUGAAUGAUGGCGACUAUAAAAUGAACACCCUGUCAUUUAUCCAAUGAUUGUUUUUCUCUGCCAAAUGUCUGACGCCGGAACUAUCAAGAAGAAACAUUUCGGAAUAAUUUUUGCUGAUGAUGUGUUAUCGUAUAGCUGCAAUGUCAUCAGUCGUGUCAAAGUGAUGAAUAUGUAUGUUAUUUUACACAAUGGACACACUACACGUCAUUGUGCUCCGACGUGCACAUUGUUUCUGUGCAGAACUGCAAUCGUAUGCCUUCACAGUUUAGCACAUUCACCAAUCAUAUUUUGUAGAGUUUCUUUAACCACAUGUAACCAAAUCUUCUGGAGUCAUCAAAUGCUGGACAGUUCAUGUGCACUAUACUCUGUUUUUGUACUUGGACGUUGCAAUAAUGUUUAGGAGGUCUGAAAACACGUUGUUGUAUGUGUGGUUUUCACCCUCAUCCAUGUUACAGCUGUCAUUAAAACUCUGCUCUCUGAUGUACACAGACUUGUCUUGUGAGGUGUACACUCUUAGGUCAUUAGUUAGGGCCAGAGUAAUUCCUGACCUGAAUACUUGCUUCUGCAAUACUGACCACUUUAGAUUUAAGGUUUU